UGUUUUGUUUUGCAAUUUGCAUUUUGCAUGAAAGUUAUCUUAGAAUUUUAAAUUAUUAAGUUUAUCCAAUAACCAUUGCUGGAAAAUGGAAAAGAAAAAGGGUGCGACAUAUGGACAAUGCAGAUUUUGCUUAUCCAACGGCUACCAUAAGGAUAUAAUGAAAGAAUACUAUGUGAAUGGAACACGGGAAGUUUACAUCGACAUUUUCAUGGAAUGUUUUAAUUUAUAUCUGUCCACGAACAAUGUACUCAGCACGCUGAUCUGCUCGUCGUGCGUGCUGCGCCUGCGCGAGGCGAGCAGCUUCCGCAGCAUGGUGGUGAGCACGGAGCAGCAGCUGCUGGCCACGCUCAACGAGAAGGACACCGUCUUCAUCAAUGUGGGUGACCUUCAUGGGCUGGAGAUUAAGGUGGAGCCCCCCGCAGUCAAGCUAGAGCCGGGCGACAGCGAGAGCGCCAUCGACUGUGACUACACCUCUUACGAGGAAGCUGAUGAUAUCGACGUACAAGCGACUGACGAGGAGCUGCAGGCGUGCGGUCGCGAGGCGGCGCUGCUGGCGCGCUUCUCCGCCAGCGAGUACCACCUGCCCACCAGGAUGAGCCUGUACUCCUCGCCGUGCCGGGGCUUCGCCGCGCACUUGGACAUGUUGAGAGGUAAAAUAGUAUUACCGAAAACCAUAGAAGCAUUACUGCAAGAAGAGCAAGAGAGAAGCGCCGGCGUGAAGGUCUACAUCACCGAGAAGUUAGCCCACAUACAGAACGCCUCAGUCAUUCUAGAAAACUCCAAUGUGACCCCCUUCAAGAGCAGAAACAAGUCAGGGUUCCCCUGCUUCUAUUGCAGGAAUAUUUUCGAAAAUUUGGACAAACUGAAAGAGCACCAGCAAACCAACCAUCAGAAGUCGGAAAUCAAGAAAGUUCUCGGAACAUACGGAGCUGAAUGCCUCAUAGUUUACGUGGAUAUCACAAAUUUGGCGUGUACAUUAUGUUUUGAACCCAUCCAGAAUAUAAACGAACUGAAAUCCCAUCUAACCAAAGUGCACAACAAGAAAUUCCACACAGAAUACCCAGAUAGGGUGAUACCGUUCAAAUUAUCGACGAACAAUGUCUACGAGUGCCAAGUCUGUGGUUUUAACUUCGAGACUUUUGGCUCAAUAGAAAGGCACAUGAACGUUCACUACAGGAACUGCGUUUGCAGCCAAUGCGGCACCGGCUUCGUCACCAAAUACAGACUUAAAGUUCACGUAAAAAGCAUGCACGUAGGCGGCAGUUUCCCAUGCGAAAUAUGCAAGAAAGUGUACACAACCCAGCAAAAACACAAAAACCACGUCGACACGGUCCACAAGAUGGUGAAAAGGUUCAAAUGUCCAAAAUGUCCAGAACGUUUUACCGAAUAUUUCAGACGACAGAAGCAUUUGGUCGAAGUCCACGGUGUAGCACCUCUGAGAUACAAAUGCAAUGUGUGUGACAAGGCGUUUGAAAGACGAUACACUCUAUCGAGGCAUAUGAAGAGAGACCAUUUGGAAGAAAGGGAUUUUCAGUGUCAGUUAUGUGCGUACAAGUGUUUCACAAACGUUGAGUUGAGGGUUCACAUGGUGAAACACAACGGGGAGAGGAUUUUCGAGUGUUCAGUGUGCAAGAAGUCGUAUGCGAGGAAGAAAACGUUGAAGGAACAUAUGCGGAUACACAACAAUGACAGGAGGUUUGCGUGCGCGGUGUGCGGUCAGACGUUCGUGCAAAAGUGCAGUUUGAAAGGGCAUAUUAAGACGCACCACGCGGAAUACGCUCUGCCAUAGACAAUUGGAGUGACGCAUUUCCAUAAAU